CACCUAGCGCUAUCAGGAGUUGUCCAAAAAAAAAAAGAAGUUGUGGGCUAUCAGCUCCGAUCUCCCCAAUGGUGGAUCCCGGCGAAGCCGCGACACCAUCCGCAGCCGUCUCCUCCCCGUGGGACGAUAUCCCCGACGACUUCUUCCUCUUCGCCUCCAUCUCGUCUCCUUGCCCUCCACCAGCCCCUGCUCCCAUCCUUUGCACCUCCCCUUCCCCUCCACAGGCCCUCCGCUCAUCAUUCACCUCCACCCACUCAGCCUCCGCAUACUUCUCCGAUUCCCUCCACCACGCUGAGUCCAUCCACCCCAGUCACUCCCUCCCGGCCUUAUCAGCCGCUUCUCGCUCCGCAGCAGCCGACGUCUGGCACCCGCCUCCGGGGCCCCACCAUUCCAACUCCCUCCCGGAGUUUUCGGCCUCCGUAUCCGAGUCGCACGUCCACCGCCCUCCUCCUUCCAACUCUGUUCGUGCGGACCGCCCGCCCCCGCUGGAGCUGCGCCCGCGGCCGCCGAGGGAGUCACAGGCUGGCACCGCCCUCCGCGCUCUCGCUUGCUUCGCUUCUCCCGCGUCCGGGACCUCUACUCACCUCUGGGCGGCGGGUGACGCUGGCGUCAGGGUUUGGGAUCUCGCGGAUGCCUUCCGGUCGCCCACGUCUCGGCGGCGGUGGGGGGACGAGGCGAGUGCGCCGUUCCGUGAGUCGCGCAGGACGCCGCCGGCGCUUUGCCUCGUGGCCGACCCUGGCCGCGGUGUGGUGUGGAGCGGGCACACCGACGGGCGGAUCAUGGCUUGGAGCGCCGACCGGGGUCCAGAGGCUGGAGAGUGCAUUGGGUGGGAUGCGCACCGUGGACCGGUAUUCGCCUUGGCCAUCUCUCCAUAUGGUGAUUUAUGGUCUGGAUCUGAAGGGGGGAUAAUUAAAGUAUGGUAUGGAGAAGCAAUUGAGAAGUCACUUGCUUUACAAAGAGAAGAAAAGUGUAAGACCUCCCUUUUAGUUGAAAGAUCAUUCGUUGACCUCUGGAUCAUGGUCAGUGAUGGAGGGGCCUGCCCCUUACCUGCCGUAGAUGUAAAACUUCUAUUGUCUGACAAUUCUAGAUCAAAAGUAUGGAGUGCUGGUUACCUCUCAUUUGCACUCUGGGAUUCCCGCACUAAGGAGCUCCUGAAAGUGGUAAAUGUGAAUGGCCAAGUUGAUAGUCGUUUUGACGUCAUAGCUGGUCAGGAUUCAUAUGGCCAUGAAACAAAAGAAAACCUUUUCUCCUCUCCGAAGAAAGACAAAGCUCGCAGUCCUGUUAACUUUUUCCAGAGAUCACGGAAUGCUUUGCUGGGAGCAGCUGAUGCAGUUCGACGAGUUGCUGCAAAAGCAGGAUUAGGCGAUGAUACUCAAAGAAUAGAAGCAUUAGCAAUGUCAAUGAAUGGGAUGAUCUGGACAGGAUCUGCAAAUGGCUCUCUUUCUCAAUGGGAUGGCUGUGGUAAUCGUUUGCAAGAGUUUCAGCAUCAUCCAUCUUCUGUUCAAAGCAUUGCCAUAUUUGGAACAAAAUUGUGGGUGGGAUACAUGGAUGGCAACAUCCAGCUCUUGGACCUGGAAGGCAACUUGCUGGGAGGAUGGACUGCACAUAGCAGUAGUCCAAUUCUGAGCAUGACUGUUGGAAGUUCAUAUAUCUUUACAUUAGCUGGUCAUGGGGGAGUCAGUGGAUGGAAUUUGUCAUCUCCAGGGCCUACUGACAGUAUUUUGCAUUCUGAACUGAUGGAGAAAGAGACAUCAUACAAAAACAUUGAAUACAUAAAGGUGUUAGUGUGUUCUUGGAAUGUUGGGCAAGAAAAAGCAUCUUAUGAGUCACUAAGGGCUUGGCUGAAAUUUCCAACAGCAGAGGUUGGAGUAGUAGUAGUUGGAUUGCAGGAAGUGGAGAUGGGCGCUGGUUUUCUUGCAAUGUCUGCAGCUAAAGAAACGGUAGGGCUAGAAGGAAGCCCAAAUGGGGAGUGGUGGUUGGAUGCAAUUGGGAAAAUCUUGAAAGGACACUCUUUUGAGCGUGUUGGUUCGAGGCAGAUGGCUGGGUUACUUACUGCUGUAUGGGUCAAAACAAAUCUUAAGUGUUCCGUCGGUGAUAUCGACAAUGCUGCAGUAGCAUGUGGAUUAGGGCGAGCUAUCGGUAACAAGGGAGCAGUCGGAUUAAGGAUGAGAAUACAUGAUAGAAGCAUUUGCUUUGUAAAUUGUCAUUUUGCUGCACAUAUGGAAGCUGUUAGCCGAAGGAAUGAAGACUUUGAGCAUGUCUUUAGAACAAUGGCCUUUGCUACCCCUUCCAGUGGAUUAUUGACAACAUCAAUUUCCAGUUCUGCUGGUCAGCUUCUUCGAGCAAAUGGAUCAAGAAUUCCUGAGUUGUCAGAUACGGACAUGAUUGUCUUUCUUGGUGACUUCAAUUACCGGCUGUACGAUAUUUCCUAUGAUGAUGCGAUGAGCUUGGUUUCCCGGAGAUGCUUUGAUUGGCUGAGAAAGAAUGACCAGCUGCGAGUAGAAAUGAGUUCAGGGAGAGUCUUCCAGGGAUUACGAGAAGCACAUUUCAAAUUUCCACCUACUUACAAAUUCGAGAAACACAAAGCUGGCUUAUCAGGGUAUGAUUGUAGUGAGAAGAGGCGCAUUCCUGCCUGGUGUGACAGAAUUCUGUACCGUGACAGCCGAGCUAGUUGGGGAACUGAAUGUUCUUUGGAUUGUCCUGUGGUUUGUUCAGUGUCACUGUAUGACUCUUGCAUGGAAGUAACUGACAGUGAUCAUAAACCUGUAAAAUGCUUGUUCAAUUUGGAUGUUGCACGUCUUGACAAACAGGCAAUGAGGCAGAAGUAUGGGGAGAUAAUGAGUUCAAAUAAGAAAGUGUUGCACUUGCUCCAGGAGCUAGAAGCAUUCCCUGAAGCAAAUCUCAUUACUAAUGACAUCAUUCUCCAAGACCGAACUGCUUAUGUUUUGAAACUACAAAACAGAAGUACAGAAGACACAGCUUGUUUUGAGAUUGUUGGCCAAGCACCAAAUUCUUCUGGUACACGUUUUGCUGGUUUUCCUACUUGGCUAAAGGUUUUGCCAGCAGUUGGUAUAAUUUACCCAGGACAAACAGUGGACGUCACGUUGCAACAUGGAGACCUGCGCGAAACAUCAUGGAAUAAUUUGGCUGGAGCUAACCAAGAAAAGGAAGCACGGUUAACAGUGAAAAUAACUGGAGUGCAUUCAACAGUUGCCAAGUAUCAUGGAGUACGUGUGCAACACCAGAAGUGCAGGAGCACAUUUCCUUUCAAGAGGUCAUAAAUGUGUCGAUCGAUUUUUACUACUGAGUGUGGUCGUGACCUGUGGGAUUAGGUUUUAGUUUGACUGAACUGUGCAUAGUAGCAAAUGUUUACGUGGUACAGGAGUAACCAAGGCAUUCUCUAUCUUUCGAUGUUCCCUUUUUUUGCGGGGAGAUGUUCCAGUAAUACAAGUACAUAAGUUUUUUUUA